CCCCCUGCAGCUUGUGCUGCUGCUGCCGGCCACAGGAGGGGGCGAACAAACGUCAACCUGUUGUUUGUCCAGUCACCCUUUAUCAACUCUCAGCACCACAAGGAAGUGCGGCACCCACACGCGCUCAGAAAGUUCAGCGUGCAGGAAGUUUAGGGAGAGCUCGGCGAUUAGCUCAGCGGGCCGGGCCAGCGCUGGGGAGCGCAGGCGGCAAGAGCGCAGGGAGGCGCGGCGUCCGUCCCGAGCAGAACCCGGUUUUUGUCUUGGAGCGAAGGUGUCCCGAAGUCCCUAAUCCCAAAUGCACCGGCUCAUCUUCGUCUACACCCUGGCCUGCGCAAACUUCUGCAGCUUUCGGGACACUUAUGCAACUCCGCAAAGCGCAUCCAUCAAAGCUUUGCGCAAUGCCAACCUCAGGAGAGAUGAGAGCAAUCACCUCACAGACUUGUACCGAAAAGAAGAAACCAUCCAAGUGACAGGAAACGGUCAUGUACAGAGUCCGCGCUUCCCGAAUAGCUACCCCAGGAACCUGCUUCUGACAUGGCGGCUCCAUUCCCAAGACAAAACCAGGAUACAGCUGGCAUUUGACAAUCAAUUUGGAUUAGAGGAAGCAGAAAAUGAUAUCUGUAGGUACGAUUUUGUGGAAGUCGAAGAUGUAUCUGAAACCAGUACCGUUAUUAGAGGCCGAUGGUGUGGACACAAGGAAGUUCCUCCAAGGAUAAUAUCAAGAACAAACCAAAUUAAAAUAACAUUCAAGUCUGAUGACUACUUUGUGGCAAAACCUGGAUUCAGGAUUUAUUAUUCUUUUGUGAAAGAUUUCCAACCUGCAGAAGCCUCAGACACCAACUGGGAAUCGGUCACAAGUUCGAACUCGGGGGUAUCCUAUCGCUCUUCAUCUGUAACGGACUCUGCUCUCACUGUGGAGGCUUUGGACAAAAAAGUUGCAGAAUUUGAUACUGUGGAAGAUCUGCUCAAGCACUUUAAUCCAGAGUCAUGGCAAGACGAUCUUGAGAAUUUGUAUUUGGACACUCCUCAUUAUCGAGGCAGGUCAUACCAUGAACGGAAAUCAAAAGUUGACCUGGACAGGCUCAACGAUGAUGUCAAGCGUUACAGUUGCACUCCCAGGAAUUACUCAGUCAAUUUAAGACAGGAGCUGCAGUUGACCAACGCGGUCUUCUUUCCACGUUGCCUCCUCGUGCAGCGCUGUGGAGGAAAUUGUGGCUGUGGAACUGCCAACUCGAAGUCCUGCAGGUGCAAUUCAGGGAAAACUGUGAAAAAGUAUCAUGAGGUACUGAAGUUUGAACCUGGCAAUAUCAAGAGGAGGGGCCUGGCUAAGAACAUGGCUCUUGUUGACAUCCAGUUGGAUCACCAUGAACGGUGUGAUUGUACCUGCAGCUCAAGACCACCUCGAUAAAAGAAUGUACAUAAACUUAUAUUGAGCAUGAAAGAACCUUUAGUUUAAGAAGGAUAUGGUAAGGGACCCUUUCCCCACCCCCAGCAACCGAAUUUGCUACUAGCCCGAAAUACAAUGAUACAGUCAUUGCUGAGACGACCUAGCUUUGUUAGUUCUGUGGCAAGUAGAAAGGUGCAUCAUCAAUUUCUAUAUCCAAGAAUGUAAGACUGCAUUUUAUAGUAGUAUGUGAGGAUAUAUAUGUAUACACACAAAUAUAUACAUAUGUCCAGGAUAUGUGUAAAUAGAUACAUGGUUUAUUCAGUAGGUAUAACCAGGUACACCAGAGCUUAUAUAUGGCUGAAUGAUUUAGACCCUUAAUAUUUUUCCAAAAUAAGGGUAAGGGAUAUGUCAAAUAUAUAACACACAUCUGUAGGAAAUUCAGAAGAUGAACUUUUUAUUUUGUUGAAUUUUGAAUCGCAAACCAUUUUGGAUCUUGAGCCCUUAAAGAAAGCAUCUUGUAUAUUAAACACCAACAUAUAGGCUUUUCUUAGAUAUCUGCCUUAAUUAUAAAAAAGGAAAAAUAUGGUUUGUGGGAAAAAGACAAUUACCUAACCAUUUUUUCCAUGAGAUGCACUACACAUGCUUGGUAAUGUGGACUAUAGUUGCCUUUCUCCAAAACCAUGCCAUAAUAAUGUGGGAAAUUUAGAAAUUAAGUCACUAAGUUAUCUUUAUAUGCAUUUUCUGAGACAUUCUAAUUCAUUUAAUACCCAUCUCAAAAAAUAUUGCUCAGAGUGUUUAUUAUCAUGAUCCUUCAAGAGACAACUUAUAAGUUUUAGCAGAAUUUUGAAUUUUUUUCUCUGCAAAAAUUCCUCCAAAAUAACAAAUCCUUUAAUAAAUGGCAUGGAGAUUAUGUAUGAGCCUUUCAAAUGGUGUUCAUCAAAAAAUUGGGGCAGAUGAAAGUCAAAAACCUAAGCAUUGAAAUAUUGACAUAACUGGAAAUUAGGUGGAAUAUUUGAUAGGAUCCAUAUUUAAUAAUGGAUUCAAACUA